CCCUCCGUCAGUGGAGACGGCGGAGGCGGCGCCGGAGCUGACGGCAGCGGCGGCGGACGCGUCAGCGACUACGAGCCCGGCGAGGUCCGCCGCGAACCUCCUCCGUACUCUCGCUCCGAUCGAUUCUCCGAUGAGCCUGCUCUGAAUGUUGCCUACAAGCACCUGGGCCUUGAGGAAGGCAUGUUGGUGUGAGUGCGGUCUUGGAUCAUGGUCUGGGGCAAAUGUGUUUAUGUAUUAGAACUAAAUAUGUUUGUGGUACUUGCUGUUGGGGGAUAUUGUUCAUUGUGUUUGAAUUUAUGGGGUGAAGCAUCACCAAAAAUAAGGGCUUGGGUCUCAUUUGUUGCAAGUCAUGGUCAUGGGUAUUUCUGGGGAUAAAGCCGAACGGGUUGGGUUAAAAUAGAUAAUGUGAAAUCGAGAAUGCCAGUCAUUUUGGUGAUGAAUCUGCAAGGUUCCAAGAUGGUCAUAUGACUUGACAAAGCAUCAGAAAACCACACCAUCAUUGAGCAUUAUUGUGAUCGUAUUUCUAUUUUGUGACCAAUCAAAAGAAGAAUACAAGAAAGUGAAUAAGAGGGCUUGUCUACUGCAAGAAGUUCAGUUUGGUAAAAUGGUACUGAAUUUACCUUUACAGGAGCUGACACCGUUUUGGAAUCUGAUGUUUAGUGGUGGAAAUUGAGCUUUAUAAUUUGUGGUUUGCAUUGGUUUCUUUAAUAUGUGGAAACGUAUGCUUCUGUACUUCCUGCUUGCUGAUAGAUUCUAGCGGUUGUUUUGCGGGGAUUUGGAUUAUUCUUAUGAGGAAUUAUGUUUUAGUUGGGGUGUUCUUUUAUUAGUUCUUCCCCGUGGUUGGUGAAAUAGGGUUGAAUCAGAUUGUUUUAUAGUAACUAGUAUGACAUUGUACUUCUCAGAGUUGUCACGUGGAUAAUAGAUGCAUGGGAGUUUGGGAAACUUCUAUUAGUAUGAUACCUCUAGUUUCUGCUGAACAUCUGUAGGUUUUUGUUAUAAUCACAUUUCUGACGAGUGGUGCGUUGGUACAGAUGACUUCAGGUCUUUAAACUCUUGGAUUGUUGUUUUCGUUUAUGUUCCCUUUCCUUUGAUACUUUGAUUUUUUUAAGUUGUAGAAGACAUAGUUAAUGGCCAACAGUAACUAUGAAUUUUUACUCUUCUGGGAUUUGACAUGCCUUUAAGGCUUCAGCACACUUUCUCAUUGUGAGCAACUGUUAACUCUGGCUGGUGGAAACUUUUGAAGUUGAUUUUGCUUUUAAGUCAGAUUUGGGGGCAUUAACAAGACGCAUAGAUGGUUAUUGAAAAGAGGCAGACCAAGUUGCUAGUGGGUAAUAUUUGGAUGCUUGCUCUUUGGUGGGCGUUCUUUUGGUUGUAGAUUUCCUAUGGACUUCACUCUAUUGCUCUUCCCGCUCCUUUUUUAUGGCAUGUUGCAACUUAUGAGGUUUUGGGACAAGGUGUACUGGAGGUAUUGCUUUAUGGGCUGGAUUAGUAUUUAUUAGGCACAUAUCCAUCUUCGCUAUCUGCAGGCUGCAGAUAUGGAUGAAGUUCACUUCCUUAUCGCUACUACCGUGCUGUAUUAAGUUAUGGUUGCACCGGAUCCAUGAUUAUUGGGGCUUAGGUAAAUAUAUAUAUACUUUUAAGUAUGUUAUGGUCCACAGGGUAAUGAUGUGGCUCUUGUAUAUAGUAAUACCGGAAUUGUUUUCUUUUCGAAGACUGUCAGCAAUUACAAUAUUUGGAUAUAGAAUUCGUGCAGGUUCCGGAUCUCCUGUACGGCAUAGGGAUGCAGAUCAUCGUUACAGUCCUGAUUUUCAUCAUACCGGUGGACGGCCACGUGGCCGUGACUUUGGUGGCGGGAGGGGUCCUGGUAGAUAUCGAGGCUCCACACCCCCUUACGGUCGAGGAAGAGGUGGUGGCAGGCCAUUUGGUAGAGCUUUUGAUGGGCCUGGGUUUGGUCCUGGGCCAUUCAGAGGUGAAGGCAUGAGUAGAAAUAAUCCAAAUGUACGUCCAAGGGAAGGCGAUUGGAUUUGCCCAGAUCCUUCGUGUAGAAACCUGAAUUUUGCGAGGCGGGAGUACUGUAACACCUGCAACAUGUUUCGCUAUGCACCUGUUGGAAGUCCUCGUAGAGGAAAUCCUGGUCCACCUCCUCCACAUGCUCCCCCAAGGCGCUUCCCUGGCCCUCCAGUGGAGCGUUCCCCUGGCAGGACGAUGAAUGGCUAUAGGUCCCCUCCUCGCGGUUGGGCUAGGGAUGGCCCCAGGGAGUUUGGGGCUGGUGGUCUACCACCUCCAAGGCACGAAGGCAGGUUUUCUGAUCACCACAUGCAGAGAGAACGGUUGGACUAUCCAGAAGAUGACUACAGAGGGAGGAGCAAGUUUGAUAGGCCAAUUCCAAUAGAUUGGGGUCAUAGGGACCAUGGAAGGGAUCCCAUAUUCAAUGGAAGGAAAGGAUUUGAGAGGAGGCCACCAUCUCCACCGCCGCCGCCGCCGCCACCAGCACCAUUUCCUCAUCGUGACCGCUGGACUCGUGAUAUCAGAGAGAGGAGCCGCUCUCCGAUAAGGGGCGGCCCACCACCGAAAGACUAUCGCCGGGAUAUGUUUGUGGAACGGGGACGAGAUGAUCGGCGUGCUGUGGGGCGAGACAGAAUUGGAAAUGCAUAUUAGCAAGCGGCCAGAGGACAAAAUUUGUAUGUGUAAUUGUGGUUUAAGUAGUCAGUCUUGUGUUUUUGUCUAGAGAGGAAGGAUAAUUCACAGCUCAGGACUAAACCCGUGCUUUGUUUCUAACCUUGGUAAUAUUGUAUAACUUCAAAUAGGUAAAAUACUCGAUUUUGAAAUUAUUAGUCCUGUUGUUGUCUUGUUGACAUAAAAAGGGACAAAUAUCAGUGGUGGUGGUAGAUUUUUUUUCGCCAUCUUGUUUUGCUGCUUCUGCUUUUCGUAGAUAAUGCUUGAGCUUCGAGUUCCCACC